AUGGUCGUCCCGGACCCCUCGGCGACGUCCAAGCUCGCCGCCUACCUGGCGCGAAUGAGCCCGGUGCCCGCCUUUCCUGAAUACACAGGCCCCUACAAGGUCGGAACCGUCGAUGUCGAGAUUCCCGUGUCCGAUCUGAACACCGCGAGCGCCGCCCCGGACGGCGCCGCCGACAUCCCAACGGUGCAGUUCCGCGUCUUCUAUCCAGCCGUGCCCGAAUCGGACGAGAAGCGCAUCAGCUGGCUCCCGAACCCCCAGCGCCACCAUGUCUCGGCAUAUACCAAGUUUGUCGGCGUUGGCUCGACCCUGGCCGAGUUUCUGUCCUUCCUGCCUCGGCAUCUCCAUUACACCUCGAUCCCCGUUCACAAAAAUGCCAAAUUGAGCAAGGCCGAGACGGCAGCCGGCCGGUGGCCGACAAUGAUCUUUUCACACGGGCUUGGUGGUGGCCGCAAUUCGUACUCUUACGUGGCGGGCUCCCUUGCUUCGCAUGGCAUCGUCGUUGUUUGUCCCGAGCACCGUGAUGGCAGCGCCGUCAUCAGCUUCAUCCGACAGCCCAACGAGUCUGGCCGCUACUUUUCGUCCAGUUCGAGGCGCGUUGUCCCAUACAACCGCAUUUCGCACGACGUUUCGCCCGAAGUCCACGAGGCUCGAGAGGCGCAGCUCCGCAUCCGCCUGUGGGAGAUGGGCCUGAUACACGACGCCCUGCUGGCCAUGGACAGCGACCGCUCCUUCACCAACCUGAACACGUCGACCCCGAGCCUCAAGCAGUUUGUGGGCCAAUUGGACGUGCAGGAGCCCGGGCGCAUCAUUUUUGGCGGACACAGCUUCGGCGCGACAACCACGGUUCAGUUCCUCAAGAGCACCUACUACGCCGACGUGCCAGAGGUGGCGGCAAUGGAGCGGCCCUUGUUUGUACCGAAGCCGGACAGCAGCAUUCGGAAACAGAUCACGGAGAAGACGGUCACGAUGCUCCUCGACAUGUGGUGCUUCCCGCUGAUUGCGCCCAAUUCUGCGCCGCUCUUCAACCUGCCGCUGCCCGUCUACGCCGACACUCCUUCGGCGCCGGGCGGCACUGCGUUGUUGGCCGUUGAGUCCGAGGCCUUUUACAAGUGGAAAGACCACCUGCAUGUCAAGGCGCGGCUGCUCUCGCCCGAUCCUUCGGCCAAGCUGGUGACGCCGCAAAUGUACGAGCGCCCAAGCGGCAUCAAGCUCCCAGAGCCCAACUUCUUCUACGUGGUCAACUCGGCCCACCUGAGCCAGUCAGACUUUGGCAUCCUCUUCCCCUGGCUUACCAAGAAGAUCUUUGACGCCGAGCAGCCGGAGCGGGCCCUGCGACUGAACCUCCGCGCCCAGCUGCAGCUCUUCCGCGCCAACGGCAUCCCCGUUGGGCGUACUUAUGCUGGCGACCUCGUCGACGGCGCGCAUGUUGACAAGCUUGAUGCGCCGAAGAAGGACGGAGGAGUUCCUGCCUCCAACGACGGCGUCAACGAUGACAAGGCCAUCUUCGAUCGGAGUGGGAACGAUGUCGUCGGUCACUGGAAGUGGAUCGACUUGAUCGGCCUCGGCGAGGCAGGUGAGUCGGAGACGGGCAAAUCCGCAAGCGAGAAGGUCGAAGAGGGCGAGUCGAAGAUGAAGGGUGAACUGGAACCCAGCGAGCAGAGUCCUGCGCCCGUUGCGGCCACCCUGAGCGCGGGCGCCGCCUAA